AUGUUACAUUAUUUAUUUUCAUUUAUUUUAUUGGUUCAAUUAACAUCAGCUGCUGAUGCUGAUGAUAUCUUCACAAGUCUUUCAUUAUCAAGUCAAAGAGGUGACAAUAAACCUUUAUCUCCAUGGACUGCUAAACUUGGUUUUAAUUUUGAAGAUACUUCCAAAUAUGAUGCUGGUGAUGAUUUCUCAUUAGAAUUACCAAAUGUUUACCGUAUGAAAUUCAACAGUGAUGAUGAUACUUUAGAUGCUACUUCAGAUGGUAAAACUUUAUUCACAUGUUACAAACAAUCAGGUUCUUAUCGUUAUGAUCAUUCAACUUUAACCUGUAAUGUUGGUGAUGGUUUGAAAGAUUUUGAUUCUAUUAGUGGUGAUUUUGAAUUUACUGUUUUCUUUGGUGUUGGUGGUAGUACUGCUGAUGUUGAAAUUCAAGCUGCUAAAGCUUUUAAGAAAGGUCAAAACACCAUUACUUGGGGUAAAUUAUCUGAUACUAUUACAUUAGCUGCUACUGACUAUACCAAUGGUAUUUAUCCAUUCUCACACACUACUGAUUAUAACUCCGUUGAAGAUAAUUUCUUAUUGCCAGCUUGUGAUGAAGGUGCUUCUCAAUCAGGUGAAGUUACUAUUGAUUUUGGUGCUGAUUUCCCAGGUAGAGGUCAAAUCAAAUGUGAUGAUACCACUCAAGUCUUUAUUACAAAUGAUUUAAAUGAUUGGUUAUUCCCUAAAUCAUACAAAGAACCAGAUUUUGAAUACUCUUGUCAAGAAGAUCAAUUAUCAUUCAAUUACACUGAUGUUCCAGCUGGUUAUAGAAUUUUCAUUACUGUUUUCCAAUUCCAAGAUUCAGUUGCUCUUACUUUGAAAAAUAAAGUUGAAUAUGAUAUCAAAUGUUCAAAUGAUAAAACAACAAGUGAUAAUUAUUACCAAGAUAUUGCUAUUACUACAAGACAUGGUAGUGCUACAGCUACCCCAAUCAUUAGAACCACCACCACUACAACUGUUACAUGGUCUGAAUCAUACACUACAACCACCACCCGUCCACAUACAGCUACUGAUAGCACUGUUACUGUUGAUGUUGAUGUUCCAGGAUCACAAACUCCAUCAUCAAGCUCAUCUGCUCCAAUCUCAAGCUCAUCUGCUUCAAGCUCAAGCUCAAGUUCAUCUGCUCCAAUAACAAGCUUAAGUUCAUCUGCUCCAAUUUCAAGUUUAAGUUCAAGCUCAAUCAUCAGCAGUUCAAUUCCAGCUUCAAGUUCAAGCUCAUCUGCUGAACCAUCAAGCUCAAGUUCAUCUAUUGAAUCAUCAAGCUCAAGUUCAUCUAUUGAAUCAUCAAGCUCGACCUCAUCUGCUGAACCAUCAACUACAACUACAACUACUUCAACUUGGUCAGAAUCUUACACUACAACAACUGCUGCUCCAUUCUCUUCAGGUGAUAAGACUAUUACUGUUGAUGUUGAUGUUCCAGUUCCAGAAGAAUCAACCACAACCACAACUACUGCAACUUGGUCAGAAUCUUACACUACAACUACCACUGCUCCAUACUCUUCAGGUGAUAAAACAGUUACUGUUGAUGUCGAUGUUCCAUAUUCAUCAGCUCCAGAAUCAAGUUCAUUUGUUGAGCCAUCAACUACAACUACCACCACCUCAACUUGGGAUCAAUCAUACACUACCACCACUACUGCUCCACACUCAUCAGGUGAUAAAACAAUCACUGUUGAUGUUGAUGUUCCAUAUUCAUCUGCCCCAUCAUCAAUUCCAGGCUCACCAGAAGAAUCAACAACUACCACUACAACUUCAACUUGGGAUCAAUCAUACACUACCACCACUACUGCUCCACACUCAUCAGGUGAUAAAACAAUCACUGUUGAUGUUGAUGUUCCAUAUUCAUCUGCCCCAUCAUCAAUUCCAGGCUCACCAGAAGAAUCAACAACCACCACUACCACCACUUCAACUUGGGAUCAAUCUUACACUACCACCACUACUGCUCCUUAUUCAUCUGGUGAUAAAACAAUUACUGUUGACGUUGAUGUUCCACAUUUCAACUCAGAAUCACCAAAGAACCCAUCAUCAUCUAUUGUUUACGUUUCAACUGAAUCCACUGUUAUUUCAACUGUUCCAUGUCCAUCUUGUGAAGGUUCAUCUACUGUUGUCACUUCAGUUGUUACUCCAUCAUCAACAGUUCCUCAAUCAUCUCAACCGGUUGAGCCAUCAUCUCAACCAAUUGAACCAUCAUCAUCACCAGUUUCUCAAUCAUCUCAACCAGUUGAACCAUCAUCAUCAUCAGUUGAAUCCAAAUCAACCCCAGCUUCAUCAUUCACUAGUAUCAUUACUUCUACUGGCUCAAAUGGUGUCCCAGAAGUUCUUACAAGUACUACUGAAACUCCAUCAACUCCAACUGAUGAAAUUGUUACUUUUUACACUACACGUUCAGGUAAUUCAAUUGUUACAAUUACAACCACCAAGUUCCAUUCAAAUGAUGUUUCAACUACUGCUACUGCUACUACACCAAGUGGAUCAAUUUCUCCAAAAGAAUCAACAUCAGGUGAAGAACCAAAAGCUCCAUCAUCAAGUGCACCAUCAAACCCAUCAACUCCAACUGAAGGUAGCUCAACCCCAUCAGCUCCAUCAACUCCAUCAACUCAAUCAACCUCAUCAAUCCCAUCUGCUCCAGCUUCCUCAAGUCCAACUACAUCAGGUUCAAACUCAUCUGCCCCAGCCCCAACCAUUGCUACUCAAUCAAAUUCAACACCAAGUGGUUCAAACCCAUCAGUUAGUACAGUUCCAGCUAUUCAAAGUUAUGAAGGUUCGGGCUCAUCAUUACAAUUCAAAUCAUCAGCCUUAUUAUUGGUUAUCUCUUCAAUUUUCUUUUUCUAA